UUAAACUUGUAAAAAUAAAUCUUCAAGACAACAUCACCAAAAUUGAAUUGCAGAAGAAAAUAAAUACUUUCACUUGAAAGAGGAUACUUUGGUAGUAAUGUGACAAAAACAAAUAAAAAGAAAGAAAUAAAAAGAAUAAAAAGAGAAAAGUUUGAAAAAAAAAACAAAAAGGAAAAAUGAAACAUUUCAACAUUUGUCUCUUGUUCCACUUGAGCCUGUCACGUGACAAACUGCAGUAUUGAUGUCCAACAUACACAUCGAUAUAAACAUAUAUAAAAGACACAUCAUAACCAAAUAAAGAAACUCAACAAACACAUUUCUCAUCUUAGCAUUCGAUUUCCCAGUCGAAUGUUCGUUCUCUUCAUACUGCUAUAAAGAAAAAUAAUUUGUUAUUUUUAUUAUUAUUAUUAUUAUUAUUAUUAUUAUUAUAACGGCAGCAGCAGCAGUAGCAGUGCUAUCAUCAUAUCUACCACCAUCUUCACCACUAGCACCACUAUCUGUGCUGCAAUCACCAGAACCACUAGCACCACUAUCUGUGCUGCAAUCACCAGAACCACUAGCAACUGUAGCAGCAGCACCACCAUCGCCAAUUACGACACUACCACUACAGACAACAUCAUCGUCAACAACAACAACAACAACAAAGCCAUUUUUCUCCCCUAACAUUGCAUAUCCUGUGACAUAAGGUUUCUAAUUGUGGGAACAUGUUACUGCAAAGUUGUCUAUUGCUGUUGCUCGUUGACACGUACCUCUGCAUAGACCUGAUUUAUCAAGUUGAAGAAGGGAAAAGACCUGAUACUUUUGUUGGUGACAUAGCAGUGGACUCACAUUUGUUGGACACUGUGCCGGUCAGUGACCACAACCAGUUCCAGUUUAGUUUGCUACAUGAAAUUGUGAUGGGUGAACAACAGCUGUUUCGUGUGACACCAGCUGGGAAGCUUUACACGGCUCAGGAACUCGAUGCUGAAGCUCUGUGCAAAUAUAACACAGAAUGCUUUACUAUGGUGGAAAUAGCUGUCCAACACAAAGAAUCUUUUGUCAAAAUAUUAGACAUUAAAGUGGUUGUAGAAGAUGGCAAUGAUUUCCAACCUGAAUUUUCUGUCGAUCAAUUUAAUAUAUACUUUUCAGAAAGAGAAGGCAAAGGAUCACGAAUAUCAAUUCCAAAUGCUAUUGACAGAGACGUCGGCGUCUUAAAUUCUAAGGUUACCUAUCAACUGAAAAGCAAUAUUGAUGAACCUUUCCGAUUAUCUGUCUUAAAGCAAGGUGAUGGCACUUCUAAAUUAGCAAUUAUCUUGGAGGAAAGACUCAACAAAGAAGUAAAAGAUACCUACCUUCUUCAAGUAAUUGCUAGAGAUGGUGGCUCACCACCAAAACAAGGCAUUUUGAAUAUUAAAAUAUCAGUCACAGAUGAGAAUGACAAUUCACCUAUAUUUUCUCGAAGCAUUUACAAUGUUACAGUAAACAGCAGACACCGGCAAAGUGUUCCAAUCGUUACAUUGUCAGCAACAGACCUUGAUUCUGGCAAAAAUGGUAAUAUUUCAUAUCAUUUUAGUUCAAAGACACCAGACUUGGCUAAAAGCCAUUUCAUGUUGGACCACAUAUCUGGUGAAAUAUUUCUCAAUAAAAGAUUUACACUGAAUGAGAAACAAACUUACAAGUUAUUCAUAGAAGCCAGAGAUGGGGGCAGUCCUUCAUUGAGUUCAACAGCAGUGGUUCUGGUAAAUGUAGUGAGCGAAGCAAAUAAUGCUCCAAGAAUUGAUGUGAAGUUCGUUUCUAAGUCCAGUAGAAAUAAAACUGUGAUAUCAGAGGGAGUAGAGACUGGCAGUUUUAUAGCUUAUGUAAAAGUAUCAGACAAUGAUGUUGGUCGUAAUGGGGAGGUCAGCUGCAGACUACAACAUGAUAACCUACAGCUAAAAAGUUUAAGCAAAAAUAAAUACAAAGUAGUCAUCAAAAAACCAGUUGACCGAGAAAAACAAAAGCAAAUAGAAUUCACUAUUGUUUGUGAAGAUGAGGGUUCGCCAUCUUUAAAGACAAAAGGACACUUUUCUAUCCAAGUGAUGGAUGUCAAUGAUGUGCAGCCUCUAUUUUCUAAAGAUACUUUUAAAUUCCUUACAUAUGAAAAUGAAAAACCACACUUCCCGAUUGGUUUCAUUAAUGUCACUGAUCCAGAUCUUGGUUCUGGAAGUCAGUUGAAUUACACAUUGUUUAGCAAUGAUAGAGGAAUUCUUCCUUUUGAAAUUUCUGACUUUGGAUUUAUUUCAACCGCCCAGUCUUUGGACAGAGAGAAACAAGAUAUUUAUAAAUUUCGAGUUUUUGUCAAAGAUAAUGGAAUACCACCUCUAAACAACACAGCAGAUGUCAUCGUUGAAGUUAUUGAUGAAAAUGAUAACCCACCAUAUUUCAGCUUUCCAAGUGUGAACCCUUUUAGUUUGGAUGUCCACUAUCAUCCACAAAGCAAGAACGACAUCACAGUUUUGAGAGCAUCAGAUAAAGAUAUACGAGAAAAUGCCUUCCUCCGUUUUGAAAUCCUCCGUGGUAAUGACAAGCAAUUAUUUUCGGUGAAUCCCUAUUCUGGGGUGUUGUCAUUCUCCCGUAAAGUCUACCAAAACGAUGCCGGUUCUUAUAAUCUGCAGUUAGCUGUCAAAGACAGUGGCACUCCUGCUCUAUCAGCAACCACAACCUUAUCAUUGACAUUGACAGUAAGUAACAAGACCUCGACGAUGUUAACAGCAUUGCAAACCUUAUCAGAUGAUAAAAUUCAUAUAAAUUUAGUAAUAAUUAUUGUUAUAGCAGCUGUCACUUUGUCCACUGCUAUAGUGGUUUCCAUAGCAAUAUGUAUCAUACAAAGAAACAAUCAGAAAGAAAUCCAGUAUAAUGAAGAAUUUGAAAUUUCUAACAAAUUCCUCAGUGACUCUGAAAAAUCAAAAUACUUUCAUGAACCGUCUUCGUCACACACUGAAGCUCAGCUUGCUCUUGCAGCAGAUCUUGCCAAAAGUAGGAACUCCCCAGCCACAAUACCAAGGAGAGACACACCGACUGGAUUUAAGUCAACUCCCGAUCACACGUGGAGAGGAUGUAAUUCUGGAAAACAAGUUCAAGCUGUGGCAGAAGAAGAAGAAGAAACUUAUUCCCAGAAGACAGCGGUGCCAUCUAAAAUCGAUGACAAGAAAGACCAUCUGACCACAAACCAUUUCAGAAAUUGGUCAACUACAUUUUCUGAUUCUGACACUGGCUGUGGCUGGAAAGAGGGAGACACCGCUAGACUCUACGAAGAAUUACCAGGAAUCUAUGCUUGCCCACCAGAACAGUUACCGAACUCAGCUACGAAAGGCCAAUCACAAUUUAUCAAUAGACCUAAAGUUACAGGCACCACGCGGCCUGCAUGCCAGCCAAAUGUAGACAAGAAAAUUUCAUGUAACGACAUCAUUGAUCUCAAAUCGAUUUCAGCAGCAAACCCCAACUCUCUAACUGGAACAAACUCUUGGAAUUUGCCUUUCCGAAACAGCUUUACUUCAUAUGCCAAGCCUCUGCCAGCAGUUCCAAAGAUGCCAUCCUUACCAACUUCCACAAAGUUGUCCCCACCAGCCAAACACUUAAAAGGGGGUUUAUCAAAUAUGAUGCUUCAUCAUGAGACAGCUACAUCAUGAAAACAGCUUCUGUUUAUUUCCCCCAACUAAUAUGUUCCUGAUAUGCACAAAUACAUAACUGCAUAUGUGAGUGUAUAUAUGAAUGUAUUAUUAUAUAUCAAUAUAUGAAUAUAUAUAUGUAUAAUGGAAAACAGACUGGAUGAUGAUCCUCCACAUGCCGCUCUAAACACACCCUAUAGUAAUCAUACAACAAACUGUACACAAGAUAUUCUAUAUAUAUAUUUAUAUAUAUAUACAUAUACAUAUAUAUGUAUAUAUGCAAGUGUGUGUGAUUGGGAUUACAAAUUUAACUCCAUAUCCGAAGUGUAUGAUGGACUAAGUAUACCAGGACAGUAAUAUUAUUAUAUAAUAUAUAUAUGGAAGUCAAAUGGACUCAACACACACAGAUUGUUCUAGUGUGUGCAUGUGUGUUUUUUUAUAUAUAUUUCCACACAAAAACACACACAUGUACACUUGUAGAUACACAUACAUCGACCUAUAUAUGUGUGGUUAGGCAUCAAUAAUA